GUUGCUUAAAUUGUAGUACAAAACCAUGUUCCAACAAAGUGGCGAUCCGCUCUUGGCUCUGCUGUCCCAAAGCUUUGGACGUAUUCAGCCUGCUGCACCAGCAGUUGCUGCAGAGUCCGACAGUAACUCAGAAGAAGUAGAGGUGGCUGAUGCUGAAGCUGGUCGCGAUCAAGCCGAAGAUGCAGACGCUGGUGCGGCUGACGAGCCUGAUGCUGGCGAGCCUGAAACGGACGACGCGCUACCGCCUGCACCCAUAGAUCAUCCCGUCCGAGUGCGUCGACGGAAGAAAAAUGUUGAGUCCUCUUGUGCAUCGCAAGUUGCUGAGUUUCUCGCGUAUGGACGUGAAAAAGGCCUAUGGAAGCUAGACGCAGUUAACCUGCGAAAGCUGCUGCAACUAGAUAUCACCAAGAAGAAAGCUUUGUCAUCGUCUUCAGGACUAGAUUCCUUCAAUAUGAGAACUGCAAGUGCCUCUACUACGUCUACUUCCUCCCUCUACGGACAGGCAGAACGUUUGCUCUUCGUAGCACGUCUAUGUGCUUUCCAAUGUCCUGAAUUCGCGCAUGCAUGGCAAAUACUGUCUAGAUUACUGAGCUUGAACGACGCAGAUUGUGCUUGGGAAGGCAUGACUAGAAUGAGGAUCGAGAUGGUAACCAUGCUAAAGGAUCUGAAAACAGUAGACGUGGAGCCGGUUGUGCGGGAACUGUUGGCUGGUGGAGAUGAUGGUGAUGGUGAGGAGAGUUGUGGUAUGGAGCGGGACGAACAGAAUACGAAUCUAUUUAUUAAAGACUAAAGUCCUUUCUGUCUUUUCUCUAGUUAGGUCGGCUCCACCACAACUAAUAGAAUACGAAUCCAGACGUACUAAGCUAAUCAGUGGUAGACUCCAUGAUGAUGAGGACUAAUAGAGUUCGAAUCUAUACGUCGGACUAAUAGUACUUAUAUAUCUUUACCUUUUUCAAUCUUUCCUAGUUCGUUGGCUCCACCACAAAUAUAAUCACCUCUUGCAGCACAACACCUCGACUUCAUGAACCAACUAUAGGGUUAGUAGUACACCUUCAAUCUAUCUAUAAGGACGUCUAUAGGGUUAGUAGUACACCUUCAAUCUAUCUAUAAGGACGUCUAUAGGGUUAGUAGUACACCUUCAAUCUAUCUAUAAGGACGUCUAUAGGGUUAGUAGUACACCUUCAAUCUAUCUAUAAGGACGUUGGACCGAAGUAUAUUCUGAAAAAAAAGAGUUGGACCGAAGUUUCCAAAAGACGAUUAUUUCCUACUGACUCAACAACUUAACGUGCAUCUCUCACUUUUUUAGCAAAGCAACCAUCCUUGUUCGACCGCUACGAUUUCGAGGAUGCGACUGCAGAAGAAGAGAAGAGCAACAAUCCAGCCAACCAAAGCAGGACUCUCUCGAACGGCGUUGCCGUGCCUGCGCUUGGUCUCGGAUUGUGGAAAAUGAAUAGUAGUGCUUCAUCUUGCAGCAGUACACUCUGUAUGGUUCUGGUAUUUUUGGUGUAACCUGAAUUUGAUCCUAAGGGUUCUCUUCUUGUUUUCCCAUUCCCUUAGGAUCAAACUCAGGCUAUACCAAAAAUACCAGAACCAUUCACACUCACAACUUCUUCCUCUUCCGCCAAGGAGAAUAUGAAGGAAACGCAAGCUCUGAGGUCUUUACUUCUUUGUGCCAUCCAGGAGUGCCAUGUCCGUCGUUUCGACACGGCACCGACCUACGGUGAAUCAGAAGAGAUUCUAGCGGAUUGCAUAAGGCAAAGUGGCAUCCCGAGAGGAGAGUUUUGUAUUUCUACGAAAUUGCCAGACUGUGGUUGGGCCGAUCCGGGUUCCUGGAUCGCGAGAGCGGCAAGUUUGUUUGGAGGCUACGUCGAUGUGUUUCUGAUCCAUCAUCCGGUGUCGGAUUUUGGAACUGAGAUGAGGAGUGCAGAGGCAGUUGGAGACGAAAGGGGAGUUGCAGCAGGACAAGCAAGUAGCACUUCUUCCAACAACGACCUCUUGCCAGGCACAUCAAUCAAUCAAUCAAUAUCUUCCGCUGCCUACACUCCCUUCUCCGUGAAAAACCUCCUUUCUGACGGUGAUUGCCAACACAAGGACAAGAAGCUUCGGUUUGACACCACAGAAGACGCGUUUUCUUUCCACGUGCAACGGGUUUGGGCCUGUCUGCAACAGGGGGUCACACAAGGUCACAUCAGAGCUGUGGGAGUCUGCAACUUCUCUAGUGCGGAUGUAGACCUACUACGUCCUGUACCGCAUGUUUUACAGGGUAAAUGCUCUGUGUUUCAUCCAUUUGGAGCCUACGCGGACCCGGAUGGCGAGUACGAAAAGGGGAUGGAGGAGUACUGUGUAAAGCCUUUAAUAGAGUCCUCGAAAGUUGGAGACGUAAAUGAAAAUCAUUCUACUUGUAGUACAUCACUGAACAAGGAGAAGAAAAACUUCACCAUUUUCGACGGUGCUAGUUUAGUUCAAGAAGUGAACCAAAAUGAUUCGCAAAGUACAACUUCUUUUGGCGUGCUCUCGUGUGGAGGGUUGACGCAAGCUUUUGUCGGAGGAUUGGUGCGGAAGUUCGCUGACGGAAAGGAUUCUUCUAAUUUUUCAUCAAAUCUUCUAGUUCUCAAACGUCUGAUCGAAUGGCGAGCUGGGAAAGGCUUCACUGGGUUAGUGCGGUGUAGGACCAAGGAACAUAUUAGAGAACUGUUUUCUAGCGGCGGUUCGCAGCAUGAACGCAAUGAUCAAGCUUCAGCAACACUGCAAUUCCUAUCUGAUCGUUUCUUCGAUCGCCUACAUCGCCUCAUACGCUUACCUGCCGUCAAUGCCCGUGGCGAUCGUGCUCAAGUGCUACAGUCCCUUUUCAGUCUCAAAUGUGUUCCACCUCUUGAUAUUAAGCUUGCACAACAGCAGUUUCAAGCUCUGAUGCAGGGGUGUAGCGGCUUUCCGCAUUUGGUGGAAAAACUGAAGAGCACUUUGAAGCGGAACGGGGCAAUAGGUGCUUUGUCGACGAAGAGCGUUUUGGUGGCCGUCAUGGAGUUGACGGAGCAGUGCAGGCAGCAGAACCUGAAGAAUCGAGUCAUGAUUUACAGCAAAGUUUAGGGAGGAGAAAAUUUAAUAUUUUUGUUAGUUUGGGAGCACUAUGUAUUAUUACUUUUCUUUCGUGGCCCUCGCAGUGAUCACCACUAAAACUAAUGGUAGUUGUUCCUCUUAUCUAAUUGUUCAGUUGUUGUAUUCAGAAUGUAGUAGGCUUUUUGAGUGACCACGGCAAAUCAGUUUCUAAUUCACAGUUGAGAUGCUACAAGAGCUCUACGACACAGAGCGGAAGUCGUCGGAGACGAAAUUAGCUGAAUUUCAAGAACAAAAGAAGGCCAGGGAAAAGGUUGAAAAACGCGAUGAGAAACGGUCGUACGAUUAUUUGUGGUCCGCCGCGUUACGAGGAAAUAGCUGGGUCUGGGACGGUUUUGGAGGAGACAGAAAUAAGAAAGACUCCACUACGGCUGCCGCAGGUGCAGACCAGAAAGGUGCGGGUGGUAGAGGCGUUGACAGCACUACAGGCGAUGAUAGCAAUGGUGAUGCUUUUUUUGAAAUCACAGUAGCAGAUUUGCCACUGUGGGAUGGGCAAGAACCAGUGCCUGAGAAGAUCUCCUGUUAUAACCACUUCUCUGCUACUUCCACAUCAAGUACAUCAAUUAAGGCUAAGUAGGUUAAAGUGGUGUUCCUCUUGUCUUAUAUCAUUUGAUAUAUGGCUCUCCUAAGGUGGAGGAAGUGGGAGACAGGCAUAAGAGUUAAGGGGUAAACGAAGGGACACAGGCAUAAGAGGUAAGGGGUAAUAACGAAGGAACACAGGCAGAAGAGUUAAGGGGUAAUAUCGAAGGAACACAGGCAUAAGAGUUCUAAACGGGGUAAUAUCGAAGGAACACCAAAAAGCUACCUCUAAAGCAACAAAGCAACUCCGUUCCCUGCUUGACCAAUCCAUGCGAGAACGCGACUUCGCGAUCAUAGACGACUUCUUAACUCCUGAAACUUCGAAAUCUAUCCGCGAAGAAGUAUUCGGCAUGCCGUUUGAGCCGUCGGAAAUCUGGGUAGGCCAAGACGGAGGCAUAGGUGCCCAUGUGCAUAAGCCGGAAGUGAGGGGGGAUGACAUAGUUUGGGUUUGCGGACAACAUAGAACGCAGUGGCAAGAGCGCUACUUCGAUUCUGCUGGAGUGCAACCGCAUGCGGGAGUGGAUGUCUGCAAAUUGCCGGAGAAGGGGAGUGGACAGAAGAAUUUUAUGAUUGGAUAGCCACUACUUUCCCCCUCUGUGAGCGUUCUUACCUUACCCUGACCUUGAUGUUGUCAAAAAUCUGGUUCUAACGCAGCUCUCCAAGCGCUGCACUAUUUCUAUUUCAAGUUACUUGUCGAGAUCAACAAUAAAAAACUAAUAGUUGUUCCGUUUAUGAUUGGAUUUCUCGAUCAUCGUAAUAGCAGCGUCCACGCCUACUAAUCUACGUUUCAAUUUCCUGUCCUGCGCUUCUUUUCCCAAAUGAAGAUUCUUCCUUCUCUCUUCUUUUCUCUUUUCGGCAUCCUCUUUCAUCUUCCUACUCGACAUCAAGAAGAAAUUUCCGCAGCUGUCGCAAACGCUUUCCAGACUCGACGAGUUCAUCUACGGUUCUAUCACUUGCGUCGGCGACUUGAUAGAGCGCUCUGACUGCAUGGUUGGGCGAUACUGUGGGAGCAAAAAAGCGAGAUUCCAAAGACAUGUAGAUAACACCCAGAAAGACGGUAGAAGAUUAGCGUGUGUGCUGUAUCUGAACCCAGAGGAUUGGGCAGUGGAGCGGGAUGGAGGAGAACUAAGAUUGUGGUUGGAUCGUGGUGUUGAUCCCGGUUGUGGUGCGGGAGAGGCGAGUAAAGCUGCAGAAGCCAAUAGUACUAGCAACAGCAACAGCUGCACGAGUACUAAUUAUGGUCAGCUUGAGUUUUAGUGUCUGUGUCCAUGAUCUCUGUCUUGUUGUCUUGGAGGUACCCUCCUACUUCUUUUGCCCUGUAUAUAGUUUUCAUCUCAUGAUGAAAUACAAGGUAUACUUACAAGGUACGUGGUCAACAAGAUGAGGGGGUGGAGAUGCAUUGUGGCACACGCUAAAGGAAGAAGAUACUGCUCAGUGUACCUCCAGUCGGAGGUCGUCUCGCGAUCUUCCGCGCCGAUCGAACGGAGCAUGAAGUUUCUCCCGUUCUUAAUCGCCACAAAGACCGCUACAGCUUGUUGGUUUGGUAUUUCCAGAGGGAGGAAAGGGAAGAGAAAAUCCGCUUAGAACACUACUCGGGUGGAGUCGAAUCAAAACAAGUUAGUGUCGAAGCCAGUGCUAGAUCCCUAGUCGAGGCGGUGACUAGCGGAAACGAAACUUGUGAAGGGUUGAAUAGAUUGGCCUUUAGAGCCACUUCCGAAGCCAGGGCGCUUGCGGCGAAUAUUUUAGGACUUGGACCUGCACCUAGCGGUCGUCAAAAUGAGGGUGACAGUUCAGGUUCACGAGGAGGUAGCUGGAUCAGCCAGGUGGAGAUGGACAGGGCAAGAGCGGGGAUCGCGAAGAUGGGGAGGAAAGCGAAGAAGUAGACUAGGAUUCUUCAAUCGUGUUCACGUGAAACUUUAUAGCUUUUUUACUUCUGAAACAAACUAAAAGAACAAUUAAUAAAUAUGUCAACUUGUUAUGGCGCAUCGAGAUUUAUAUGACUAUGACAAAAUGAUGACUCGCCAGGACCCUGAAAGAAUAAUGCACAGAUUCAUAGGAUUGUGUGACAGCGUUCUGAUCAUUCGACAUGGAAACGAGAGCUGCGCAAUCGAA